AUGAGUAAUACCAAUACGACCGGGGAGGACCCCAACAGGCCCGGAAAUGGAGAGCAACCAGAGAACCCGUUGUUGGUAUACAAUGUUAACAGACCCGGUGCAGUUCGCGGACGGCCAAGUGGAGCUGAGGCCCCUCCACAAGGGCCUCCUCCUACUGGGAAUGUCUUCCACUUCGGCCAGCCUCCGCAGCCUAUGCCUUACAAUGGGCCGGCACUACAGCAACAGCAGCAGCAGCAGCCACAGGAGGCCGAUGUGGCAUCUCAGGUUCGUGGUGCUUUCGGGUUCGGUAACCAGCCGACUACUGGACAGGCUCAUAGCAAUGGUUGGCAAUGGAAUACGUGGGACUGUGGCCGGUCCACCAAGACCGCAAUUUGGUCCACCAUCGGGCUCUUGGUCUUCUUUGUGCUAUUCUGGGUCUUCUUCACUGCAACUCUGGAGGUCAAUGAAGUAGGCAUACUGCGCAAUAUGAUAACAGGUUCGGUGCCUGAGGACGGCGGCGUCUAUCGAGGCGGCCGGCAUGUGGUAUGGCCUUUCCAAACCUUUGUUAAGUUCCCAGCUACUUAUACUACCAUCGACUUCACUGGACCGAUGACUGUCAAAACAAGGACUGGUGCUGACAAGUCGGACCCUGACAGUGGUGGACAACCGAUUACGAUAUCCUGCUCUCUACAAUUCCAAUUUGAUUUGGAGUACCUUCAUGACGUCUACGUGUCCUUUGGCGGCCUAGAACCAGCUAUGAUUCGGUACCGCUUGUUGGCAAGGAACGCCGUGUCUAAUACGGCUCAGAGGUUCGUACCGCAAGACUUCUGGCAAGACCGUAAGAGGAUAUCUGAUACGAUGGAGAGUGUGUUGAAUAGGACCUUCAUUAGUCAAGGUGGCGGCAGCAAGAUCCGAUUCUUCCAGAUCCUCCGUACUGACUUCGUACCUAGUUAUGAAGACACUAUUACAGACAUACAGGUAGCCGAGCAGCAGAAGGUUAUCAACGAGUACGCUCAGGAGGUGGCGGCAGUCAGACAGAGUAUCGAAGUGCUGUUGGCGCAGAAUGAGGCUCGUAUAGCAAAUAUUACGGCAACAGGGGCGGCCAAGGCGAGAGUUAUCGUCGCGGAAGCCACACAAGAGGCAUUCAGAACGAAGCAGGCUACGAAGGCAACGGCGUAUAAACGCUUGUCGGACCAACUGCAGUUGGGCGCAACAGAAUUUUCCAAGUAUCUCGAGUUGAAGAGUGCUACUGGCAAUAAACGUGGAGGGUCGGUGGUUAUGGGUCUGGGCUCGUCACCAUUACUGGCCUUGUCCUUUUCGAAGGUGCCAGCGACCGAACUCGGUGUGAAGUACGAUAACAUAUUUAAGCAUGUUGCAUCGAAGCCGUACACGGAGUCAGGGUUGUACACGAUUGGGCCCUUUGCUUAUUUCGUUUAUUACCCUAAAACUGUGAGGACCAUCGAGUUCUCCACCUCUGAGUAUGAUGUUCUCCACGCUAGGACAAGCGAUGGUCUACCGCUCGUACUCGGCGUUGCCUUCCAGUACCAGUUGAUACCGGAUGAGGCAGUGGAACUGUACAUGCAGUUGGGCGAGGACUUCGAGACGACUUUCAAACUCGUUGCGAAUCAUUUGGCUACCGAGUACGCUACUCAGUUUAGCGCCUACCAGUUUUUCAAUAGCAAGGAAAUGAUAGCCCGAGGCAUGAUGGCAUACCUCGACGAGCACUUCAGGAGAGAUUUUCAUGCUUCCAUUCAAGGGCUGCAGAUCAACGAGGAUGAGCUGCCCGAUCAGUUCUAUAACUCAGUAUUGACGGCUGCUAACACGAAGCAGAAUAUCACUCGAAACAUUAAUCUGAGAGAUGCGGCUAAGGUUGGUAUGGCAACUGAUCGUAUAGUAGCAGCAGCUCAGGCUAAUGCGACGGUGUCGAGAGCGCAGGGACAGGCUAUGAGGACGUUGCAAGAAGGGCAGGCUGCGGCUGCUGUGCUCGAGCAGUAUAUCUCGGCUGAAACUAGAGCGUUCACAGAAGUGAAGUCGUCAUUGGCGUUGAACAACACGGAGCUGUUACAAUACAUAUGGUACGAUGCAUUGCAAGGUGGUGGAGUGCAACCGAACGAGGACCUUGUUGGCCAAGUACUGGUUGGUGUUGAUCCUAGUGUCUAUAUGAACGCUCCAAAGGCGUGA